GGAGCGCGGCUAGUCAGCGGAGCAAGAUGCCGCGGGGCCGGGACCGGGGCCAGGGCAGUAGUCAGUAGUCCAGUCGUACGAACUUCGAGUCGAGCGCGCUCGUUCCGUAUUCCGUCUCGCCGGCCAAAACACGGGCGCGUCCCGGACAGCCCAGUGCAGGGGCCGAGCCUGAGGCUUCAGGGGCUGGCGGCUGUGUAGUGCAGUUGAGCGUGCGAGUGUCGUGCUGCCGUUCGCGCGGGCGUGCGUUUGUGGAUACGACGUCGCCGUCGUCCGCCCGAGUGCCCGACACAACAAAUCUGGGAAGAUAUUCGUGCGGCGUGGCGUCGCUGUGCCCGAGUGUGUCGCGGAUCAAGAUGCGCCGCCGUAGCGGGAGGAUCAACAGGUGAUCACGAUGUGUUCGUCGGAGUCGGAGUCGGAGUUCAUCACGUCCCCGUCGGCGGGGUCGGCCGCCACGUCGAUUCGCCCUUCGCCGGCCCUGUCUGCCGCCACCGCCUCCGCCGCGGCCCCGCGCACCAAGCACAGCGUGCACUGGUUCCGCAAGGGCCUCCGCCUGCACGACAACCCCAGCCUGCGGCACGGCCUCAAGGGCGCCACCACCCUACGUUGCAUCUACUUUCUGGAUCCGUGGUUCGCGGGCUCUUCCAACGUUGGCAUCAACAAAUGGAGAUUUCUCCUGCAAUGCCUCGAGGACUUGGACCGGAGCCUGCGCAAGUUCAACUCGCGGCUCUUUGUAAUCCGAGGACAGCCGGCAGAUGCACUGCCAAAGCUCUUCAAGGAAUGGGGAACUACCAAUUUGACAUUCGAGGAGGACCCAGAACCUUUUGGCCGAGUCCGAGACCAGAAUAUAAUGGCAAUGUGCAAGGAGUUGAGCAUCAGUGUGGUUUCCAAAGUGUCUCACACGCUGUAUGAGCUGGAAAAGAUAAUUGAAAAAAAUGGAGGAAAGCCACCAUUAACUUACCACCAGUUCCAAAACGUUGUGGCCUCUAUGGACCCUCCUCCUCAGGCAAUGCCAACUAUUACAUCUAGGAACAUGCAAGAUUGUUAUACACCCAUAGAGGAUGACCAUGAUGAGAAGUACGGCGUGCCAACUCUGGAAGAAUUAGGUUUUGACACAGAGGGACUCAAGCCUGCUGUAUGGCUGGGUGGUGAAACCGAGGCUCUGGCGCGUCUUGAACAUCAUCUAGAACGAAAAGCAUGGGUUGCCUCAUUUGGACGACCCAAAAUGACCCCCCAGUCACUUCUAGCAAGUCAAACAGGAUUGUCACCCUACCUUCGCUUUGGUUGUCUCUCAACCAGACUAUUUUAUUACCAACUCACAGACCUUUAUAAAAAGAUUAAAAAGGCUGUGCCUCCUCUCUCUUUACAUGGACAAUUAUUGUGGAGAGAAUUUUUUUAUUGUGCUGCCACUCGCAAUCCUAAUUUUGACAAAAUGCAGGGCAAUCCUGUAUGUGUACAAAUUCCAUGGGACCACAACCUUGAAGCAAUUGCCAAGUGGGCCAAUGGCCAAACUGGCUUCCCAUGGAUUGAUGCAAUCAUGACCCAGCUGAGAGAAGAAGGAUGGAUCCAUCAUUUGGCUAGACAUGCUGUUGCGUGCUUUUUAACCCGUGGUGAUUUAUGGAUUUCGUGGGAAGAAGGAAUGAAGGUAUUUGAAGAACUUCUUCUUGAUGCGGACUGGUCAGUAAAUGCUGGCAUGUGGAUGUGGUUGUCAUGUUCGUCAUUUUUUCAACAAUUCUUUCAUUGCUACUGUCCAGUUAGAUUUGGACGAAAGGCAGAUCCCAAUGGAGACUAUAUUAGACGGUAUUUACCUAUUUUAAAAAAUUUUCCGACACGCUACAUUCAUGAACCAUGGAGUGCUCCGGAAAAUGUGCAGCGUGCUGCAAAAUGUGUUGUGGGAAAAGAUUAUCCAAAGCCUAUGGUUAAUCAUGGAACAGCAAGCAGGAUUAAUAUUGAACGAAUGAAGCAGGUGUAUACUCAACUCAGCAAGUAUCGUGGUUCAGGGACCGGCGCUGAAAGCUCGUUAUUAAGGGAGCAGCUCAGACUUUUGGCAACAGUUCCAUCCAGCAAUAUGCUGUUUCCUUCAAACAAUAAAUCGCCAUCCUCUCCGCUGGAGCGCAUCAGCACACCUACUUCUACAGAGCAGCGGGAGCAAUCUCGAGAAGCAACAACUCCAGAAAAUCAGCACCAUUGUCAUCUCCCCCAACAGCAGAAACAGUAUCUUCAUCAGCAGCAUCCAUUUCAGCAACAGCAAGAAAAGCAAAAUCAGGAGCAUUCCCCAGAGCAAGAGCAACAUCAACCGCAACUGCAGCAACAACACCUUCCAGAGCAACAUCUUCAGCAUUUAUCUAAUCAACACCACCACUCCAGUCAAUACCAGCAAAACAGUGGUGGUCUAGAUGUAGAUAGUGAUGCAGAUUGUCAUUUGAUGGCCCCUCCAAAAGCACAGUACCAGACUGCUCAUGCCCAGCAGCAACAAAGCAGUAAAAUGCAGAUUUCCCAGCAGGUACUUAAAACUCAUCAGUCGUCUCAUAUUCAGCCUUCAAAUCUACAGCCGGCAGCACAUUCCCAUCAAAUGACUCCAUUGCACAUUCAAUCUCCAUCAAUGCACUCAACAAACUACCAAGUGCAACAUCACAAUUUAACUCAUCAAAUGCAGUCUUACCGAUUAGAUCUGCAGCAAGAUUAUACUUCUGAAAACAAUCAAAGAAGUGAUCAAAGCCAGCACAGGUGGUCAAAGAAGAGUAGGUGGCAGUGUAAUCCAGAAUACAAAGAAUUGGAUUGUGGAAUUGCUUCCAAAACAGAUGCAGUUGGCGAAGACCUAAUAAUUAAUAAUUACAAUCAUAUUCAUAAAAAUGAUCACAAAGAUGAUUUAACAUAGUGUCAUUGUUUCAGUUACAAUUUCAACACUUGUACCUGCAAUUAAAAUAUUCUUAUUAUAAAUUUAAGAGACUGUUUUAUUCCUAUUAUAUGCAUUCUUUGAAGAAAAUUUUGAAUUCUUUCAUUUGUUCAAAGUUUUCAGGGUAUUUUUAUGUACCUAUCCCUUUUGGUUAGCUCUUUUUUACUGUUUUAAAAGUUUCGUUUCUCCCUUCUUUGUAAAUUAUGUUAUAAUUUACAGUAGUAGACUCUUUGAAUAUUUUCUUAAAGGCUUUUUAAGUUGAAGGUGAUCAUGACCUGAACUUAAAGAACUUGACUUUUCCUCAAAUUUGUAUGUGAAAUCAGCCGAGAUGUUUGUUUGUUUUUGAUGGAAGGGAUUUAUAUGAUUUCUUUGCUAUUGCAUGGAUUUUAAGACCUCAUACAUUCAGGGAUUUAGAACCGUAGCUGUUAAGUGAAAUUAAUUCUAGUCAACUGCAAAAAUUGCCUCAAGUGAUCUCUUAUUCAACUUUUGAUUUCUCUCUUCUUUAUAUCUCUCUUAAGUAUGAAGCAGUAUGAAUUUGUUUUAACCUUUUUAGACUCUACAUUAUUAGAAGUUCUAACAGGGCAAAUAAAAUGGCUCAUUAUUAAUUGGGCUGUAUAACUCAGAAUUUUCAGGCACAGAAAACUAGAUUGUUCAUUUUAUUUAUGAAUUUUUGUGUCAUUGGGGUUAUCCUGAAGUCUUGCUGUGUUUUGUAUUUGAUCA